CUCAGUAUAAGUAGUGUAUCUUGAGACAUGCUGUAUCUAGAAUUGACCCUACAUUGAACAGGACACAUAUUUAAAUUUUAACAGUGAACUUCAAUUCUUUGUUGCUACUUAGUAAAACAAGUCUAUGCAACUGAUCAUUUACUAAAAAUCUUUUGCUAUCCUCUGAAGUCGAGUAAUAUCGUCAAAAUGUUUUGUGGAGACUAUGUACUGGGGAUACAACAAUGAAUAUGAUUGCCAAAAACUGCCCUUUUGACACACACACCCAUCCCAUUGUAUAGGAAUAGUCCUCAUUCUGGAAUUAGACAAAGUCAUGGAGUAGGAAGAUAAAACACUAAAGAAGAGCAUCAAAAGGUUCAAGGAACCAUCUUCCCAGCUCCCAAUUUCAACCCCAUAAUGGAUGCUCAGAUGCUAGAGGGAGCUCUCCAAGGAUUUGGGUGUGACAAAGACAUGCUGCUCAACAUUCUAACUCAACGCUGUAAUGCACAGAGACUGAUGAUUGCAGAGGCAUACGAGGGCAUGUGCGGCCGGGACCUGGUUGGUGACCUUAAGGAGAAGCUUUCAGAUCACUUCAAAGAUGUGAUGGUUGGCCUCAUGUACCCGCCACCCUCUUAUGAUGCUCACGAACUCUGGCGUGCCAUGAAGGGAGUAGGCACUGAAGAACAUUGCCUCAUUGAUAUAUUAGCUUCAAGAACAAAUGGAGAAAUUUUCCAAAUGCGAGAAGCCUAUUGUUUGCAAUACAGCAGUAACCUUCAAGAGGACAUUUACUCAGAGACCUCAGGACACUUCAGAGAUACUCUCAUGAACUUGGUCCAGGGAACCAGAGAGGAAGGAUACACAGACCCUGCCAUGGCUGCUCAGGAUGCAAUGGUCCUGUGGGAAGCCUGCCAGCUGAAGACAGGGGAACACAAAACCUUGCUGCAAAUGAUCCUGUGCAACAAAAGCUGUCAACAGCUGUGGCUGGUUUUCCAGGAAUUUCAAACUGUCUCUGGUCAAAACAUAGUCGAUGCCAUUAAUGAAUGUUAUGAUGGACACUUUCAAGAGCUGCUAGCUGCAAUUGUACUCUGUGUUCAAGACAAACCAGCCUAUUUUGCUUAUAGGCUGCAUACUGCAAUCCAUGACUUAGGUUUCCAUAAUAAAACCGUAAUCAGGAUUCUAAUUGCCAGAAGCGAAAUAGACCUGAUGACCAUAAGAAAACGAUACAAGGAAAGAUACGGAAAAUCCCUAUUUCAUGAUAUCAAAAAUUUUGCCUCAGGGCAUUAUGAGAAAGCUCUGCUUGCGAUCUGUGCUGGCGAUGCUGACAAUUACUAAGUCAAGGGAAGAUUUGGAGGACUGUGUAUUCUUCUUUAUAGACACAUCAAAAUAUAGAUUUUGUAAUGAAUUUGCAGUUAGUAGCACUAUAGCAAAACUCUGGAAUCGUAUUUUCUCUCCUAUCUUAAAAUUAUUCUAACCAAAGAAAAAUCUAUUGAUAAAAGUAUGUGAGACUGGAUUUGCACUAAUUAUCUAAAUCAGCAAUCCAUUAAAUUGUGUAUUAUGGAAUAAAUAUAUUAUUGCAUUGAAAUAAA